CUUUUUUUUUCGUUUAUAAAAAAUAAAAAUGAUUCAGUUUUUUCUCAUUGUAAAUAGAACAGGGCAAACAAGGUUUGCUAGGUAUUAUCAAAACGACCCUGAGAACCCUACUUUUGAAUUGCAAGUUGCAAGGGGUUGCAUUACGCGAAAACCAAGUCAGACCUUGUUUUUUUCUUUAAAAGAACACAAGAUAGUAUAUCGUGUCUAUGCAUCCUUAUACUUUAUUAUUGGUUGCGAACCUCAAGACAAUGAGUUUUCUCUGUUGGAAUUGAUUCAAUUCAGCGUUGAGUGUAUGGACAGUUACUUUGAAAAAGUGACGGAACUUGAUCUUGUGUACAAUCUCGAAAAAGUUCACAUGAUCAUGGAUGAAAUUAUCGUUAAAGGUUUAAUUUUGGAGACCAAUCACGAUCGUGUCUUGGCUUUGAUAAAUGGUCUUGCUCAAAAGAAGAAAACAGUGGUGUAACAUUCUUUUUGUCUUACCCCGUUUUUAUUUUAUUUAAUUUUUUUUUUUAUAUAAAAGCACAGAAGGAAAGGAUCAGAACUCUUAUUUCCAAACU